AUGCCUCCUUCUGCGCAAACGACCAGAUUGGUUUCCACCUUGCGCCUCCUCAUUCCCCGACUACGCCUCCUUCAAAAGAAAGACACAGCCUCGUCUGUCGUUCAACGCCGCGAGCUCUCCCAACUCCUCAGCGAAGGGCGCGAUGCCUCAGCGCGCAUCCGAGUCGAAAAUGUCAUCGCGACAGAUAUUGCAGUGGAAGUGAUGGAGAUGGUCGAACUAUACUGUGAACUGCUACUCGCACGCGCCAACGUGCUCGAUCAACUGGCCUUCGGCGAGCAAGGUACCCGCGCCCGCCUUCGCGCAAAGGAACAACUGAAGAAACGCACGCAAGCACAAGCAGCCGCCGCAGGAACGGCUCCGGCAGCAUCAACAGCCAGCGAAAGCACCGGGUCGCGAUUCGGGUUCUCAUGGCUGGGCAUCGGGGCACAGAAGAAAGAAGCCGAGCGUGUUGGCGCGGCCAUUGCCACGGAAGAAGGAGAUGCCAUUACAGAAGAAGAUAACCCCUACUUGGAUACUGCGCUUGACGAGGCUGCUGUUGUGGUGUUCUACGCGUGGACACGGUUCCCGCAUGAGGUGCGCGAAUUCACUAUGCUGCGCACUAUGCUGGAUGAGCGAUAUGGAAAGGAGUUCCGGAUGCUCGCGACGGAGAACAAGGUCGAUGGAGUGAGCGUUCCCGAUCGGCUUUUGAAGGGGUUGCGCGUGCGUCCGCCUGGACAAGAGCUUGUGGAGCUCUACUUGAGAGAAAUCGCAAAGGCAUACGGUGUUGAAUGGCAUGGACUCGAGGAGGAUGUGCAAGAGCUUGGAAGUGCCCCUGAAUAUGUGGAUGACGUCCCGGGUGAUGAGCCUGAGUUACCUCAGACACCCGGCAAGCAGGGGGAGCCGAGUUUUUCGGAGGCACGACGGGCGUCGGAAACUAGCGAGUUGAACAAGGCGAAGCCUCCGCGGGGACUUGCUUCUGGUCGCAGCCCUGUUAGCGUUGCGCCGCCUGCUCCUAGGACCGAUAACCCCAACCCUCGAGUCAAGGUUCCUGGUACGGACACGGACGAUGUUUCAAAUAACGAUGCGACAGGGGCAGCGGCUGCAAAGAAGAGUGGCAACGGCAUCCCCGAACUGGAUGAGUUGACACGACGAUUUGCAGACUUGAAAAGGAAGCCCUGA